AUGAAGGUCGCCUCUUAUCGGGCGCUGUGCGCCGCGGCGCGCGGGGGCGACGGCUCGGCGCUCACGCUGGUCGUGGCCCUCAGGCAGCUCUGCAGCGCGGACCCGCGGGACGCGCGCGAGGGCGCCCCGGAACCCGAGGCGUGCGAGGGGCAGGCUCACGAGGCCGAGGCCAACGAGUGGCGGGGCCCCGCCGCCGCCACGCGCCAGCACCCGGAGGACAGCGCUGGCGACUUCGAGUGGGCGCGCCGGGCGCUGGAGAGAUCUGGCCCUCGCCUGGAGAGCGGCGCCGCCGCGGCGCACGCGGCCUCGGCGAAGCUGCUGCUGCUGGGGGCGCUGCUCCGCUGGGCGCGCCGCGCCGUGCCGGAGGAGGCCUUCGUGGUCGUUUCGGGCUUCACGCGGUCGCUCAGGCGAUGUUCGGCCCUCUGCCAGGACUUGGGCAUUCCGGCCGACAUGCUGUCGGGCUCUACCCCAAUCAGGUCGCGGUUGGAGCUCGUCUCGGCCUUCAACGCGGGGCGGGGCUGCCGCGUCAUGCUGCUGUCCUCCCGGGCCGGCGGGGUGGGGCUAAACAUCGUCGGCGCAAGCCGCCUGGUGCUCCUGGAGCCCGACUGGAACCCCGCGGUCGACCAGCAGGCCGCGGCGCGGGUGUGGCGCCAGGGCCAGCGCCGUCGCGUCUUCGUGUACCGCCUGGCGGCCCACGGCACGCUGGAGGAGCGGGUGCUGCGCCGGCAGGCCCGCAAGCGCGGCCUCGCCUCCGCGGCCCUGGAGCCGGACGAGUGGGAGUGCGGCGCUGCCGUCGACGACGCGCUGGACCUGCGCCAAAUAUGCGCCCUCCACGGCUACGACGCUGCGGGCGCGCCGAUCCCGUGGGCGGACCCCGCAGGCGCCGGGCCCUCCGUCGACGCGGCCACGUUGGGCGAGGCCGGGGGCCGCCCUGCCCUCAUCGUGGUCCUCAACGCGAUCCCCGUCGCCCUGCCGACCGAGGGGAACGCCGUGGCGAUGGCGCGCGCGGCGGACGCCGCCGCCGCCGGCACGGAGCGGGGCCAGUCCGCGCGCGACUACCAGGACAUGCGCCACGACCUUCGCGACUGGACCGCCCACUGGUUUCACGGCGACGCCCUCCAAGCGACCGACGAGGCCAGCUUGCAGGAGCAGUGCGAGGCCCUCCUCGGCGCGAUGCUGCUAGGGGCCUCAUAUUCGGUCUACUACAACAUCAUGGCCAAGACCGCUCGCGACGCGAACGACACAGACCAGCGGGCUGGAUGCGGCGUCGGGCCAUGGAAGUUUGGCAUGAUCGCCGAGUGCGUUUCUCUUUCGGACAUGCCGUGGAGUCACGUGGAGUUCGCGUGCAAGGGAAUGCCGCGGGCCAUCGCGGAUUCACGCGUGAGGCGCGCAUUCAAGUCGGCGGGCUUCCUCGACGCGUUCAGUGAAGACUCUGGAGAACGCUUAGCCGUUGAGGACAAUGCAAAUGCGCGAAUAUCCACCCGCGACGGAAAUAAGCUUGACAACGUGACGGUUGUGAAGAGCAUGCCAGACACGGAGAUUGCCCGCCGCGCGCGCGGCAACACAUCUGCGCGUUUUUGCUGGCGACCGAGGGGGUCGAGAGGUCUCGAUGGCGUCUGCCAGCGGGGCCCAUGGCUCAUGACCGGCCAGCGGGCCAAGGGCCUCGAUAUCGGGAAGAUGUUGGUGCGCGUGUUCGGUGGAGGGGCAGAAGCGCGCCCCCCGAAGCUCGGGCGCUGCGACGCCGACAUGGGCGCCCUGGCGCGCGUGUCCGGAGCAAUUUCAGAUGGCGGGCCCAGCGUGGAGUUCAAGGGGGAUGUACACUUUUACGCGCACAUGACAUGGGAGCAGUUGGGCGCCGCUGUCUUCCAGAAGCAGGUCCAGCUGCUCCAGUUGCAGGUGGAGCAGAGCGCGAGCUACGCGGCGUAUACUUGCGGUUUCCCGGAUCCGGCGUGCUGCCGCAUCACGUCGGACUCUGGCUGCGUGACCGCAUGGUCGUGGGUGGGUCUCGGCUGCGACCCCUUCCCGCCCGUCAGGCGCGACGUCGCUCGCACGCGGUUCAAGGUCUGGUCGCUGCGCGCGGCCGCGACGCGCGUCGCUGAGGACUCGCGGCGCCUCCGCGCGACGCUGACGGAGGCCGGGAUGAAGCGCCUCUGCGCGGCGCGGCCCGCGGCGUCUAUUGCCAUCGCCGCGGGGUUGCGGCGAACGGCAGCGACCCGCCCUGCCCGGCUCACCGUCGGCAAGCAGGCGGCUGCGGAGGCGGCGAUCGCCAGAGGGCAGGCGACGAGGGCGCCCGCCGCAGCGCGGGCGGCCGCGAAGCGGCCAGCCGCGGCGUCAGCGCAGCGCCGUCGGCACGAUGGGCCGGCGCAGAUGCUGGAGGAGGAGGCCGCGUCGUGGGCAGAGAGGCGCGCGAGCGACGACCUCGGCGACGGGGAGAACUGUCUCGAGUGCCUCUUUGCGCGCGCAUCUUCAAGAGGAAGGGCCGGGCUCGCGAUCGCGCGCCGUCCCGCGCGACGGUCGAGCUGUCUUGCUUGCUUGCCCGCGCCCAUGACCGACGACCAGAAGCAGGCGACGCGUCAAGCGCCCACCGCUGUCGCCCGCGCCCUGCGCGACCACGACUUCGCGGCUGCGUCUCAUGAGCGCUGCGCGCAUGGGUCGCGGGCAAGGAAACUCAUGGUCCAGUGGGCCAGUUUCGCGGCUCUGCCAGCGCGCGGCAGCCCCUCGGCGCUGGCGGCGUCCACGGCGAGGCGUUCGCAGACGAUGAGCGCCUUGGCGCUGGAUAUCAUGGAAUCCAACGCCGCGCGCAGCUUCUUUGAUGGCCUUGAAGUUAAGGGGGCUGGCCUCGGCGGGCUUCGGCCCCUGUCGGUUGAUGCGGCGCGCGAGGUUGCCGUGAAGACCAGCGGCUGCGCCAGCUCCGAUAUGCGCGACGUCUCAACCGUUCUCGGCGUCUACGGCGAGUCCGUGGGCCCCAACGCGCCACUGCGGUCUCGACUGGAGUUUUGCAGGCUGCUCGCGAACUUCGUGGCCGUUUACACUGGCCGCCUGGACGCCAAUUGUGGCUAG